AAGGGGACAAAUCAAAACACAACAAGUUGUCACUUGUCACUGUCAGUGUCAGUGAUUGUUGAGGUUAUAGUUCUCGUUUAUCCAAAUAAUUAUUUACGAAAUACAAAUAUUUGUCUGUAAUUUAAAUGAUACUCUAAUAAAAUGACCGAGCGAGACUAUGCCCCGUUAAGUGGGGCUUGUGUUCGCGGACUAUGCGACAAAUUAUAUGAUAAAAGAAAGUUUGCAGGCGUCGAAAUUGAAAAAAUGGUAAAAGACUUCAGUGAUGCUAACAACACAAAUCAAAUCAAACGCUUGAUACGAGUCCUGGGCCAGGAGCUGAUGUCAUCCACAAACCCCAAUGUCAAGAAUGGUGCUCUUAUGGGCCUCUCUUCAGUUGCUGUUGGUUUGGGAAAGGGAUGUGAUGUUUACGUCGGGGAGUUGAUCCACCCCAUAGUGGCCUGUCUCGGCGAGAGCGAAGCGCGCGUCCGCUACGGCGCCACUGAAGCGCUGUUCAACGUGCUGAAGGUGGCCCGCAGCGCCACCGUCACGUACUUCCCGCUGGUGUUCGACGCGCUGGCCCGGCUGGCGGCCGACCCCGAGCUGCAGGUUCGCAAUGGCGCCGAAGUGUUGGAUAGACUUGUUAAGGACAUCGUGACGGAGAGCGCGGCGCUGGAGCUGGGCGCCGUGGUGCCGCUGGUGCGCGAGCGCAUGUACACGCGCAGCGCGGCGGCGCGCCAGUUCGCCGUGGGCUGGCUGUCGGCGCUGGACGCCGCGCCCGCGCUGGGCCUGCGCCGCCAGCUGCCCGACCUGCUGGACGGCCUGUUCACCGUGCUGGACGACCCCAACCCCGAGAUCCGCCGCAUGUGCGACGUGCAGCUGAAUGAGUUCCUACGCAGCAUCAAAAAGGAGCCGGCGGAAGUGAACUUCGAAGCCAUGAUCAAUAUCCUCAUUACUCAUGCGCAGUCCACGGAAGAACUAUUGCAGCUGACGGCGGUGUCGUGGCUGAAGGAGUUCGCGGAGCUGAGCGGCGCGCGCGUGCUGCCCUUCGCCUCGGGCGUGCUGCUGGCGGCGCUGCCGUGCCUGGCCUACACGGACGAGCCGCGCAAGAAGAUCCGAGAGACCGCUGCGACUGUUAACCUUCAGUUAACGAAACUAGUGUCCGAGAUGUCGGAAUCUCGCGCGUCUUCCGAGGGCCCUCCUACGAACGUCCCUCCGGUUGAAGGUGCCCCGACGAAAGAGACCCCAGCGGAAGGCCCCGUCACUGAAGGGGCGGAGGACGAAGGGCCUCCUCGAUUAAAUUUGGAAGCGGUAGUGGGGGUGCUCACUCAGAUGCUGCACCACAGCUCCGUGCACACCAAGGUGGCCGCCUUGGACUGGAUCCUGCACUUGUACAACAAGUUGCCUUCCGAGAUGUACCUGCAAACGGAGCUUGUGUUCGUGAGUGUGGUGGGCAGCCUCAAGGACGCGGCCGACGACGUGGUGCGGCGCGCGCUGGCCGUGCUCGCCGAGAUAUGCUCCUGCCCCUCGGCCCCGGCCUCCGCCACCGCCGCCACCACCGCCACCACCGCCACCGGCGCCGCAGCGGACAGCAGCGUGGAUCUAGAAUCGAGUCCGUACUACCACAAAUUCUUGAAAGCACUUUUGAGAUUGCUCGCUGCUGAUGAAAAUCUUCUGGAGGACCGGGGAGCUUUUAUAAUAAGGCAGCUGUGCGUGCUGGUGGGCGCGGAGGCGGUGUACCGCGGCGUGGCGCAGGCCGUGCGCGGCGAGCGCGAGCUGCGCUUCGCGGCGCGGCUGGUGGACGUGCUGGCCACGCUGCUGCUCACGGCCGCCGAGCUGCACCACCUGCGCCUGCGCCUGCGCGCCUUCCGGGACCCCGCCGCCGUGUCGCUGUUCCGCACGCUGUACGCGUGCUGGUGCCACAGCCCCGUGGCGCUGCUGGCGCUGUGCCUGCUCACGCACAACUACCGCCACUGCGCCGCGCUCAUCGCCACCUUUGGCGAUCUGGAAAUUACAGUUGAUUUUCUGACAGAAAUAGAUAAAUUAGUACAACUAAUUGAAUCUCCAGUAUUUGCAUACCUGCGGCUGGAGCUGCUGGCGCCGGGCAGCGCGGAGCUGCGCGCGGCGCUGUUCGGCCUGCUCAUGCUGCUGCCGCAGAGCGACGCCUUCCACGCGCUGCGCCGCCGCCUGCACUGCGCGCCGCCCCGCAGCGACGCGCCGCCGGACAGGCAGGAGGCGCGCGCGGACGUGGACUUCGACGCGCUGCUGCGCGAGUUCCAGCGCGUGCAGGCCGCGCACCGCGACUACAAGACGCUGGAGCGCCGCCUCAGCCGCGCCAAGCUGUUCGAGCGCGCGCACGUCUAGCGCCCCGCCCGACACCCCCCACCAUGUUGCUGGCCUUUAACGGUUAUUAUCAUUUUAGAGAUGAUAACCGGGGCCACGGCUUAAAGUGCUCUUCGAAGCGCAGAGCUGCUGACUCUCUAGACGAAACAAAUCCAAACCCAGCUUCUAAGUGGAGACUCAGAAUUGCUGAGACGGCGUAUACACCUACUGCUAUAAUACUAGAAGUAGCGUCCGCUGCAUUCGCUGGCCGGUAAGAUCCGAACGCUACCUCCACUUUAAAACUAUAGCAGCUAACGUACACUUGCUACCAACACUACUAUGAACUUUCAUAGUGCGCCCGAACAUUCAUGAUAGACAAGAGGGCGUUUAACAAAUCAAAUUAAGAUGAAUAUGACGUCAUCCCCCAAUAAUCAAUGGUCGCUAACGAGGGAGGAGAUCAAUCUCAUUCCAAGGGCGUUCGGAAAAAAGGUAUCCUUUGCAUUCGGUAGCACUGUGAGAUUUCAUAGUAUUUUUUAUGUUUACAAUUCGUAAAAAAAAGUGUUGUACAUAAAAGAUUAUAUACUAGAUUUAAUUUGUUGAAAUAUAUGUAAUAAUGUUGAAUUAAGUUUUUUACAAUGAUUUUGUGUUAUUAAGAAUAUAAUAUAGGUAGAUAAUAAGAAAGCAUUCCAAGGUGUAUACAAGUACGCUGCAAAGUGCCCGCAUCAUCUCUUCAACAGUGUGGACCAAUUUAUACCACGAUUGUCCAUUAUCAGUGGCGUGCACUGGGUUUCUUACCAGGGUAUGCAUACAGCAGGAAAAUUGCACAAAAUGGCAAAAAUCCGGGCUAUAUUUCAAUUUUAGGGUAUGCAGUGCUUUCGUGCAUGUAUGAAAUGCACGCCACUGUCCAUUAUGUAUUUUGUGACGUCACCUUUGACAAGUGUAUCGAUCUCAAGGUCGUAGAGAAUCAUGACCUUCCGAAAUGUAACUAAUGCCCGUUUUCACUAACCUAGGAAACGCUUAAAUCGGAUUCCUAAUAAUUUGGGCGAGGCGUAAAGAAAAACGUUUCACGAACUCUUGUAGGAUGUCUAACCACGUAAGGCGCUGGUUAUAGUUACGACACCAAAUCGGCGGAUAGUAAAGUUCAGGAGACUCUAAGACUGACAAUUGAGAGAUUUAAAUUUUGGUUAUUUUUAAUAAUCUUAAGUCCAUACGGAAACUGAAAAUUAUGAUAAAUAAUACAUACACGAAAUACCACAUUUUGCGGCAAGAAUGAUAGACAAGUAAGGUUAUAUGAGUUGCUAAGUGAACAUCGAUUGGUGAAAGGUAAAUGUAUGCCUAGGAAUCUUCUAUGAUUAGACGUUACCUACUUAGACAUUGCCUUCGUUAUUAGUGAAAAAAGGCGUAAGUCGCGCGGCUCUUUGCAGCUAAUUGAAAUGCACCAUUAUGCUGAACUGUACCUAAGGCUAUUUUUAAAUAGUUUGAAUACAGGAAACCAUGUAAAUAGAUUGUAAGACAUUAUAUAAAUUAUUUGCACAUUCCAAUGUUAGUUUAACUCCCGAGUCCCCCUCUACCUAAAUGUCUAUAGAAGGUAUAAUAAUUUAUAAAUAUUUCAAGUGUGCCACAAAAGGAUUUAAAAUAAUAGUUCAAGGCAAGAUGCCUACGUACUAUUAUAUACUAUACAUAAAAACUGAUACAAAAUAUUUAUUAUGCAGAAACGGUAAAACAACCGUGGUAGUAAAUAUGUAUUGCUAGCAAAAACCUUAUUAUAAAGAAGUUAGUGUAACACCUAGUGACCUCUUCUAUCAUUCUGGACUAUGAUUAACAAGUAUCAAGUUGAAAUCGUGUGGAAAAAAAUAUUAUGUACCCGUCACUAUAGAGGUGCCUUCGAAAGUGUUCUGUAACACCAUAACAUAAAUUUGGCUCGUAACUCGUUGGCCGUCACGUCUCGCUCCGGAUUCUAGCGAUACCAUCACUCGACAUUACGCUGCGACCUCACCCCGUACUAUUCAUUCACAGCACCGCGAGGAUAUACUUGCUUAUGGAAUGGAGGGAGCCUAAAAAAGAUGACUUCAAUAAAACAAGAACUUAUUA